AUGGCCUUUUCUAGAGAUGACAUCAUCCCCCCCAUGUCAACAUCAUCUUACGACACGGCGCUUUGCAUCAUACCACCUGCCUCACAAUGUCGUCAUGUUGAUGGCCUUCGGGAAGUUUACGAUAAGGCUUAUGGAAUCUGGCCUCCUCACAUCAAUCUUAUCUACCCAUUCGUCUCACCAGAGAAUCUUGUUCAAGCACAACAACAAAUCCAACAAUGUCUGGAGCGAGAACUUGAAGCAAACGACGCUACUUCACUGGAACUAAACGAAGUUGGGCUUUUCAAGCACCAAAAGUCGAGCAGCAUUUUUCUCAGCGAGGCACAAGAUACGUCUACGUCAUUCCUGGGGACACUUCGCCAGCUAUGCUUGGAGAGCCUAGGCCAGAAAAAUGCGAGGGUUGAUUUCCAUCUGACUAUUGGACAGGUCGAGAAUGAGAUAUUAUUGUUAGAAGCAUUUCUCCUGGCGAAGGCACGGCUCCUUCCAUCUUUACGCUUCAGUGUGGGCGCGCUGGCCAUUUUGAUACGCGAGUGCAGAGCUGGAACUAAUGCUUCUCCUUCUAUGCGCUUAUGGGGAAUUGUUGACAUCCCAACACGAGUGGAUGUUUGGAAACCACAGUGUCCUGAAUUCUGGAUUCCUCAUCAUCAAUCAGCAUCCUUUUCUGCCGAAACGGAACAGGAAGAAUGCGAUGCAUGGAGCGGAAAAGAAGGCAACGCCUUCAUGCAUUUUCAGAGCGGACCUACAUAUGCGUACGAUGCAGGCUCAUGCAACUGGGUUAUUUGCACUAGCUUUGAGAAUGAUAUUGCUAGUGCAUGUAAGAUCUCUAUUGCGUCCUAUAACAUCAAGACAGAUUCUGAAUAUCCUCCUGAGCGUGACCGCGAGCCGCUGGUCGCAAGCAAUAUUCUCUCAGACACGGCGCUGGCCGAUAUCCUCGUGUUACAAGAAGUCUCCGACGACUUUCUAUCAUACUUCCUAAACGAUACUGAGGUUCGGAAAAGAUACAGGUUUGCAUCUCAUGGACCACCAGAUCAGUUAGACAUUGGGCCUCUUCGUAGUAUGCGAAACGUUGUCAUCUUGAGCAGAUGGUCAUUUCGCUGGUCUUCAGGACCGUUCCAUAGGAAGUACAUGUCGCCCAGGCAUAAAGGAGCCCUGAUUGCUCAAUUCAUGGAUCUAUUGGCCUCCGAACGCAUGGAUCUUGUUGUGGCUGGCGUACAUCUGACCUGUGGUCUUACUGAUGGCUCUGUCGCCGCAAAGCACAACCAACUAAAGCGGCUGACUGGAUACCUCGCAGAGAAUCAUGCUUCCAGUCCCUGGAUUGUUGCAGGUGAUUUCGAUAUUGCAACAUCGGCCUAUACCAUCGAUCCUGCACCAAAGGCGAAGUCAAUAACUGAGCAGACGGCCGUGUUGCUCUCAUCGCUAGAAUCCGGCCUAAAUCAAGCUGGUCUAGCCGAUGCCUGGUCGAUUGCUCGCCUGGAAGGAAAAUUGGAUAUAACCAUGGGCGAUUCUGAAGAAUCAUAUGAUGGAGAAGCAGGAGCUACUUUCGACCCAAGAAACAAUGCGCUUGCGGCGGAUUCAACCAACACCUUUGAGAACAGACCGCAACGAUAUGAUAGAAUAUUCGUUCGCUCACACGAGGCGUUAAGAGUCGGCCAUUUCAAUCUGUUUGGUGUGCAAUCAAUUGCAAGUGAUCACUAUGGUGUUCGGGCGACGCUGCACAUUACGAGCCCUUCAACGGCCUUAACGGAGCCUUUUGCCGAGACAGCACGCAAAAUGAAGGUGGAACACAAGGAGGCCGCCACGGCCUUGUCUGAUCCGAUCAGCUUGCAGUCAAUGCUGUACCGUCAAGAUAUGAUUCCCACAGAAAAACAAAUGGAGGUUCGGCAACAAGCCUUCGAGUUGCUGAAGAAUGUCGUUCUCGGUACGAUCGAUAAGCAAGAUCACGCAAGUUCUGGGGUAUCGUUGAACAUGGUUGCGGUGGGUUCAUAUGCUCUCGGUGUUUGGACAGCUGAUUCGGAUCUUGACUGUCUUUGCGUUGGUUCUGUCAGUUCCAAGACCUUCUUUAAGCUUGUGCGUCAACGACUCGCAAGAGCGAGAAAUCGAGGGAUAAAGAUACUUCGAAAGGUUGAAGCCAAGACAGGCACAAUGCUCGAGCUAUCUGUCGAUGGCAUCUCAGCUGAUCUCCAUUACUGUCCGGCAGCACGAAUUGCAGAGAGAUGGUCUGAGUUUCAUGGACUGUCCGCAUCCGAUCCGAUCUUCAAUCUUCCAGCUCUUUCCCUACGCAAAUUGAAAUCCUACCGAGACUUUCUCUACAUCCAGCGUACUUUACCUUCAUUAUCGGCUUUCCGCACAGCCUUUCGUUGUAUCAAACUAUGGGCUGUCCAGCGAGGAAUAUAUUCCUCAAAGUUUGGUUACCUCAGCGGCACUCAUAUCACUCUGAUGCUUACGUGGAUAUGCAAGAAGCUCAGAUAUCAGUCUGGCUCAGUUGGGCCGCCGGACAUGGUAGUAAGUUUCUUCAGUUAUUAUGCAAACUUCGAUUGGACGAAUGAGCUUUUGUUCGAUGCAUUCUUCCAUGAGAGUCGGCCGCGCUACCAUCGCAGUGCUCGGGAGCCAAUGGUCAUACUGGGGUACCAUGCGCCACACUCAAAUAUCGCUCACACGUCAACGACUCCGGGAUUGCAGAUCUUGAUGAAUGAGUUCAGGGCCGCUGCGGAUGUGCUAUCAUCUCCAGGAAUCACAUGGGCCAAAUUCUUCGGGGACCCCAGCAGUUUGAAAGACUCGGUGCAACUACAUCUGAGUCAAAUGACAGAACACUUUCUGGCCACACAGCACAGCUUCGUUACAGUGGAGAUGCAGUACUGGGGUCGUACGUUAGCCAAGGGCAAGGGUCUUGUGGGUUGGAUCGAAUCGCGGUGUCUCUCCCUUGUCGUUGAUAUCCACAAGAUGCUCCCGGAGUUAGAAGUCCGCAUUUGGCCCACACGUUUUACCAACGAUAAGGCUGAUCUGAAGGAACUCAAGGAGUAUCAUGGCUGUUACCUCAUUGGUCUUACCAGAUCUGAGACCAGCCGUUCCAGUAAUAAAAAGGAAAGUCAGCUUGCAAGGCAGUCCUUGGAAAAAGUCCUUGAUCGUUUUCUCACCCAAUUGAGAACAGAUGAUAAAAACUACGAUUCGUCUACAAGUUGGGUGGAUGUAUCACUUGCGAAACCAUUUGAAGUCAGGACGUUGCGACUUGAUAAUCGCGAAUGGGGUGAUCACGCUGCAGACAUCGAUCCCGACUCAGAUGAUGACGAUGAUUUUGAUGAUGAGGGCGCAGAGGAAGACGAGAAACCCUUAGAGCGCACACUACCUCAGCGUCCAAAGCCCACUGCAAUUCCAGUGUCGACUUCGAAAUUACGGCCAGCGUCGGAUGUCCUCAACCGAUUGCGUUGGGAUCCCGGCCUUGACCCAAGCGACUAUAUCAUCGGAUACGAGGACCGCUUCUUGGGUGCGAAAGAAGCGAAUCUAGACAAGUGGAAGACGGAGCAGACCGAUGAGGAGUUCAUUCCCCAACAUCGAAUUCUCUACUUCAAGAAGAAGGGAGGUGACGAUGGGAAGGGGGAGUUGGUGUGGGAACGCGCAACGAGACUUGACAAGGUAUUUGGAAGUGGGGCUGGCCCAAUGGAUCGGAGAUACAACCUCUAG